AUGAAACUUUUGGAAAGUGCUCGUUUGGAAGCACUAAGCCGUGCGCUUUCGAUCCUUAAUGGAGACAGCGCCGUUCAGGGACGUGUUGAAAGCUAUAGCUGCAAAAUGGCUGGAAAUGAAAAAGCCUUUUUCAAGCGCUUCACUGCAGAUGGAGAAACUACUCAUAACCUUCAGGCCCUGUCACCUCCCGAAGGUCUUACAUACAGUCGCAGCCUGUCGGGCGAUGAAGAGGGUGUUCUAUGCGACACAAUAUCUCGGAAGACUUUGUUCUAUUUGAUUGCAACACUUAACGCUGCAUUUCCCGAUUAUGACUUUUCAAUGGCAAAGAGCUAUGAGUUCAGUGCAGAGCCAUCGGUGAGCUGGGCCCAGGGAGCAGUGGAUGCUGCACUAUCGGCAGUGGGUGGAGCACGAUGGCGCCAACUGCGCCCGGCAUUGUGGGCUGCCAUUGAUGACGAGGUAGCAUUGCGCGACUGCCGUAUCUACAGCUACAACCCGGACCUCGCCAGUGAUCCCUUUGGUGAACCUGGCUGCUUAUGGACCUUUAACUACUUCUUUUACAAUAAGAAGCUCAAACGCAUCGUGUUCUUUUCCUGCAGGGCCAUGAGUCCCGUUUGUGCAGUGGAUUCAGGUGUGGAUUUCACAAUGGAUGAAGACGAAGAAUACAAU